AAACCUUGGAAGAGGGGGGGAAAGACCCAUUAAUCAACGGGAUGAAACUGCGACGUUAGUGUAGCUUUUUAGACUUUACCUUCUAUAUUUUAGCAGCAGAUUAUGACGUGGAAUCGAACAUCAACCUUCCAGCAACCACGCAACCACGCAACCUCGCAACCUCGCAACAACCAUCGUGACAACUUCUUGGCCUUCCUCGAAAAAUAGGCGACGGUGCCUACACUACUUGACUCGUUAGAUUCAACUCAAAUCAAUUUUCGAGCGCAAGGUCAACUAGAAAGGGAGCCUAAUUAUUUUUACCAGCCUUAUUGGAAGGCUGGUUCCGCGGAAGCGUCGUCAUAGUUCCGGUUCCAUUGGUGCAUAAGCGGAAUUCCUAUGUCUUCGAUCAACUACCUAAUUCUUCAAUAGAAUUGCGGGUCAUCAUGAUCGAGCCAUCCAAGAGGCUACGACGAGCAGUUUCGAGUAACGAUGCCUUACUUGUCCGCCGUAUCGUGAAAUCCCAUCCGGGAUUAAUUCACAAUCCCGAUCAUUCCGCUACCGGUCUAUCUAAUUCGAGCCUUCAUCUUGCUGCCAGUCUCGGCCAUCUUCAAGUUUGCAGAACUUUGAUUGCUCUUGGCCAUGAGCUUCCUACGCCCGCACUCAAUGACGAACACAAGACAGCCUUGAUGCUAGCUGCUGCUGCGGGACAUACCGAAGUCGUCUUGCUUUUAGCCGAGAACGACCCCUCCUCCAUUCUUCGACGCGACGUUCGAGGCAGAGACGCUAUUAUGGAAGCUAGUAUGGGAGGUCACGAUACCGUCUUACAGAUCCUUCUUACCUAUGCUCCAGGAGGCGCGCAAGAUGCCGUUCAAAAUGCAGAUUUCGACGGGAAUACCGCUCUGCACUUCGCAAGUAGCAACGGCAAUCUACUUGUUCUCCGCACCUUACUCGCCGCCGGAGCCGAUCCGGAGAGAAGAAAUGUCUGGAGCUGGACUGCCAUCGCCUACAGCGCUACCGUACAAGCCGAGGUCUAUUUGAAAGGUCUUGUCUCCGAGGUUGAGAAGCGAAGGCGGGUAAAGAGCGAAGCUGAUGGGAUGAGGAAAGGCGGCGCCGUUCGGAUGGUCGAAGAAGAAGUUGGCGUAGCAGAUUGAAACCAAGGGUCGAUGUAAUUGCUGGCUGCCAUCCCUAUGCUUCAGACUAUUUCACCUUCCUGGCUUCCCUAUU